UGUUCAGCUUUAAAAGGCCUUAUAACUAACUAAGUUGAUUUUUAUUUUGCUCUCUUUUAGCUGGUAGCAAAAAGUGUCACAGAACUCUCUGUACUUUAGAUAAGAUUUAAGGAACAACCAAGUCCAAACACGAGAAAAUUUCAUUUCCUUUGUGUUUUUAACCCUAAUUAAAACCGGGGGGGGGGGGGAAUUAAAACAAUCCACUAAUUAAGUGAUGCACUUACCCCCACUUUCACAGAACUUUAAAAUCCCUUCCCAACCAUUCCAUGACCCCAGGAUGAAGCACACAACCAGAACAGCUCCACAAAUCUGCUUUUUCCAUGGAUUUUUUUUUUUUUUUUUUUUUUUUUUUGGUAGGAUUCUCCUGUGCUGGGGUCUGGAGCCCAUGGCAGAGAAUGUCCACAACUAACAACAUAGCUCAGGCUCGGAAGCUCGUGGAGCAGCUCCGCAUCGAGGCCGGCAUCGAGAGGAUCAAGGUGUCCAAAGCAUCCUCGGAGCUGAUGAAUUACUGUGAGCAGCAUGCCAGGAAUGAUCCUCUCCUGGUGGGAGUUCCUGCUUCUGAAAAUCCCUUUAAGGACAAAAAACCUUGUAUUAUCCUAUAGCUCUGGAUCAUUCCAGAAGGGAAUCCCAAUCCAACCUCUGGAUCCAGGCUCCUCCACACCUGCACCCAGGGGUAAAAACUCAAUGCUGGCUUCAAACAGAAUUUAAAAAUUCCCAAGAAAAACAAAACAAAACAAACAAACAAAAAAACCCACAAAAAACCCCCAAAACAAACGAAAAAAAAAAACACCCACAAGAAAACCAGAAAAAAAAAAUCCAAGAAAAAAAAAAAACAAACAAAACCAAAACAAAAUCCAACAAAACCACAUCCAAAAACAAUCCUGAAAAAAAAUCAAUCUGGAAGCUGGGGAGGGGGGAGGGAGUUUUAGGGAAGGGGUGGUUGCUUGCCAGGAAGGAAAAUGGGAUUAAAAAUUGGAAUCAGGAUUUGAAAAUUUACCCCGGGUUGGGGGAGGAAAGGGAGGGUGUGGGAGGGGGAUUUUUCAUUGGGAUAUUUGGAUUUGGGGAAGGGGUGCAGGAGGAGGUGGGGGGUUCAUUCCCAGUGGGAUUUGAGAGCUGGAUCUGGAUCCAAUCUGUAGGAAUUUCCUCUGGAGAAUGGACGAGGUGGGAGCGAUUUUGUAGAAAAUCAGUACCAAAAAAAACCCAAAAAAAACCCCAAACCCACAAGCAAACAAAACAAAAACAAAAACAACAACAACAACAAAAAAAUCCCCAAAUCCAGCUGGAAAAAAAAAAAAAUUAAAAAUCCCUUUUUGGGAAUGGCCAGAGGGAGGCUGGGGAGGCUUUUCCCUGCAUCCCACGGCUCUGCUGGGAUCCAGGGAUGGACUUGAGGGGGAAGAGAA